AUAGCAUCGUGCCACUCGUAUCGUGUCGUCCGAGGCCAUCCGGACUCCGGGGGCGCAUCUUGACCGCCAGCAGGACACAGUACAUAACUAGACAGAUGUACCGACUUUUAUUCGAAUCAUCCAGCUCCAUCGCCCUCACAACAAUCAACAACAUCAGCAACAAAACCUCCUCAACUCCUACAACUCCAACCAUGCAGUUCGCCGCCAUCAUCGCUGCCGCCCUUCUGGGAGCCGUUCCCGCAUUCGCAGGUCAAAGGGCCUGGUGUGUAGGAGGUGCAAACCCAGCAGACGUUACAAAGGGAUGCUCCGACAACGGCAUCAAAUUGCAAGGGGAUGCGGGAACCUGUUGCGCAACUACCGCCGAGGAAUACAGGAAGAUGGCCAAUAUCUGCUUCUACAUUGGAGCCAAGCCUGCUUUCGAUGGUGACUGCUAGAGGAGUGACAGUUUCAAGUCGGCUGUGGCUCAGAGUCAGGCAUGUUCACAAGUUGGUGCUGAGAUUCGGAAUUGGAAGGGGAAGAUCGAAAGGCGUGGAAUUCGAGGGACGACGCAACAGGGUGGUCAAUACUAGGUCAUAGUUAGUACUAUCCUAGCAUGUAUCGUUCGUUUUCCCCAUUUUCGUACCUCUUCG